UUCAUCCAGUUUCACUUUCUGUUCUUACCUGUCAGCCACGGAGAAGUAGCAGGUCGUCAAAUACAAGACGAAACGCAGCCGUGAGGCCGACAUUGAACUUCAUCGAGACUUAAAAAUUACCAUUAUUACCCAAGCUGAACGGAGGAGUCGUCUUUUAAAUGCGGGCUGAACUUCCAGAAGAGGUGUGAUCAUGGCCUCAGAAGUUAACUCGGGACUCGAUUUGAAACGGGCAGAGGAACUCGCCAAGUCUCUGAGUGAAGCCCUCAGCUGUGGAAACUGUGAAGAAGCUGUUCAGCUGAGCAAGAGCCUGUCCGAGCUCUCAGUUCCAGUGUCUGUCAGCAUCAGCAGCCAGGUCUACCCCCAGGACUCCAUUAGAUUGAUUGUUGGAGUGGAAGAUGCUCAGUCAGAUGCCUACAUCCCUGUCACUUUUGUGGUUUCACCCGACAUGACAAUUGCACAGCUUAAAGAAAAGGUCAGCCAUGACUUUGGGUUCCACCCAACGCUUCAGCGCUGGGUGAUUGGCAAGCGGCUAGCUCAAGACCAGGAGACGUUAUACAGCCACGGCAUCCGUAAAAGCGGGGAUCAGGCUUUCCUGUUUAUCCUCUCUGCCCAUGUGGCUCAUUUCACACGGCAUCAACAGAAGCUGGACCAGGAUCAACAACGUCUGGAGGGCAUCAUGGAGUCGAUGCAGUCCAUUCAGCUUUGUCCCAGAGGGCUGGCUGGAGGUGGUGGUGAGAAAACAGCUCUUCUUCCAGAAAUUGAAGACACUCCUCCCCCUCUUCCUCCUAAACCUCAGACCGCUACCAAACCUGCUGUACUUCCUAAACCUCAGUUGGGCUGGGCCUGUAUAACGUGCACAUAUGUGAAUAAGCCAACACGCCCCGGAUGUGAGAUGUGUGGACAGGAGAGGCCAGAGGGUUACGAGGUGCCGGACAUCUACCAACCGGACCAGGAGGAAAUUCUACGGCUGCAGAGGGAGCAGCUGGCCCUGUUGGAGUACGAACAGGCUCAGCAGGAGGAACGUGAGAGGAACUAUCUGUACUUGUUGGCAACAGAAGACCAGAACCUCAUCACUAACGCCACAGAGGAAGAUUGCCCUAUUUGCUUCUCCCCUCUGCAGCCAGGCGAAGGCAUCGUGCUCAGAGAAUGUCUGCACACUUUCUGCAGGGAAUGUCUGAAAGGAACAAUAGUGAACAGUCAAGAUGCUGAGGUGUCCUGUCCAGACAAUUGUGACAGCAAGUUACUGGACAGAGAGAUCCAAGAGCUGCUUACAGAAGAGGAGCACCAGCGGUUUCUGGAGUUGCGUCUGAGCAUUGCGGAGAGCCGCUCAGAGCACAGCUUCCACUGUCAGACGCCCAACUGUCGAGGGUGGUGCAUCUACGAGGAUGAAGUCAAUGAGUUCCUCUGUGACCUCUGCAAUGAAACCAACUGCAUUCUGUGUCGGGCCAUCCACAAAGACAUGAAUUGUAAGGACUACCAAGAUGACCUGCGCAUCCGAGCAGAGAACGACCAAGCAGCUCAGCAAACAAAGCAGAUGCUGGAGAGCAUGCUGCAGAAUGGAGAGGCCAUGAAAUGCCCGCGUUGCGACGUCAUCGUGCAGAAAAAGGAUGGCUGCGACUGGAUCUGCUGUUUGAUGUGCAGGACAGAAAUCUGUUGGGUCACCAAACAAGCUCGAUGGGGACCAAAUGGCUCUGGAGACACAUCUGGUGGCUGUAGAUGUCGAGUCAAUAAUCAGCCCUGUCACCCCAACUGCCAAAACUGCCACUGAGCCAAGCGCACUAAUAAACACAUAAUGAUGUGGUUGCAUUGAGAAGUUCAGACCACAUCGGAUGUUUAAACCUUUGCAUUAAUACGGCUGCAUUAUGUCUUCUGUAUAUCUCAAACGUGGUGUAGCACAAUGACCCAGUAGCUGCUGGUGAAGUAGACCUUUUCUCUUGUAUCAUGCAGCACUGACAUGAGGACCGACUGUGUGUACAGGUGAAGAUAUCAGGUUUCACUGUGGAAAAAAUAAGUUUUGCUAUAACAUUUACACAUAUUUCUAUGAAUAAGAACCAGAUAAUCUCACUCUGACCUUUUUGCUACUGCUUUCAACAUGAUUUCAUGUGAUGGGUCAGCAGUGAAAAUGAAAAUGUCUCAGCAGUGUAAGGACUUUAUGUUUUCUUUGCAAUGUAAGGCUACAACUAAUUAACAGUAAUUUUCACACAUUAAUAAUUGAUCACUUUAUUGAAUAAAUAAUGGGUUUUAAAGCAUCAGAAUAAAUGAAUGAGAGUAAUGACUUCUAAACUUAACUGAGCUAAAGAGUAUUUUUUCUUUUCCAAGUUGUAACCAUCUGAGGAUUGUGCUUGGAAUAGUGAUUAUUGUUGUUUAGUUAUUGGAACUGUGAGUUGUUUAUGGAUUAGUCUAUUAAUUAGACUAUGCUGAAGGAUUCUUUAAGUGUUUACAUUGAAUGGAUGUUUUCAUAUUGCAGACCAGACUCCUCUGAUGCACUAAAUGAUGUUAGA